GGCUUUAGGGGCGCUGGGGAAGGGGCCAGGCUGGGCUGGGAAAGCUUUCAGCCGCUGGUCCUGGGGCUGGUGGGCCCGUCCUGAUAACCGCCCCCCCCCGGGAAGUUGGGAGUGGAAACCCAGGCAAGCUGGAGUUGUGAGGUCAUGGCAUUGUUCCCAGGGGGCCCUGGCGGACUGCCACAGGUGCAGGCCCUGAGCGUGCCCCACAUUGUGCCCCUGCAGCUCUGAUCAGGGCUAGGGUGGUGUCCCUCUGAGACACGUGUUGAUGCAUGAAAGCCAUGCCACCAUGCAGCCGGGCAAGGCAAAGCUCAACCAAGGCUGGGAGGAGAAGGCCAAGGGCUGGAUGGAAGGUGGGGACGGAGAGGGGGAGCAAGCCUUCCCUGCAGGGCUCAUUCAACUGGUCCAGUCCACCCAGUAUCUGCUAGGUGCCCUCUAGUCACUGGGUUGCUGCUGACAUCCAAGAUCUAUUUGGGAACAGCCAGCAAAAAAAAAUGUGCUCUGUGGUUCUAGCUCUAGUGGCUGAGCACGGGCAAGAAACAGUGUUUUGAAUGAGAAAUUAGAGAACAUGUCAAACAAUGAAAAGAGGCCAGGAAAGGAGGUCCAGUUGCAAGUCAAGUAGUGUGCUUAGAAUGGAUCUCAUUUCAAAGGCUCCGUUUCUGCAAACACUGGAAGUUGGCAAAGAGCACAGCAUGUGCUAAUGUUUUGGAAGUGCAUUCCAGGCAGAGAGAACUGCCAUGCCAAGGCCCUGAGGUAGGAGCAGCCUGGCCCUGUGGAAGCCAGAACUUUGGGAGCAGAGGUCAGGGCAGGCCUGGGCGAGGUCAGGAAGGGCCUGUGGCCUUACUCCCAGUGGUGAGGGAAGAAGGGUCCCUCGGCAAACAGCCUGGGCGGCCCUCUGGAUGUCCGGGUCAGCCUCUGUCCCCACAGGCCAAGGCCAGGAGACAGUUGCAGGGAGCUCCCAGGGGACCUGGCCAGUCCUGGGUAGGCUGAGGGAGGUCCUGGGUGUCCCCCUCCCAGGCCAUCCACCAGGAGAUGGUGAGUGAUAGGGCCUCUGGGCAAGAGAAGCAGCUGGGCCUCACGCUGCUGGACCCCAGAGCAUGUUCCACCCGAAGUGUCCCUGCCUGUCCGUCCUUUUUGGGGAAAGGGCCCCAAUUCCUGAUCCCCAGGGCCAGCCAGGAUCCUGAAGGCUGUGUGACGUUGUUUGUUUGGUUUCUGGGUUUUUUCUUCUGGAGAAUGCGCCCCACCUAGUGGUCCCCAAGCAGGAUGACACCGAGGCGCGCAGGCCCUCCCUUUGCUCUGGGGGCUGGCUCCUUCCUCCCCUCCCCACCCCUCCCCACCCCUCCCCACUCCUGCUGAGGCUGCCUGGUGUCCCCAGGCCCACUGUGAGCUGGGCCCCUCUGGGACCCGGGCUGGUGUGCCUUCCUGGCUUCUCCCUGGGUGCGGGUCUCGUGGCCUCUCACACCAGAGGCAGGUUGCUGAAAGCCUGAGCGCUCACCCUUCAGCUUGGCCUGGGCUCUGGCAACCCACAAGCCCAUGGUGUCUUGACAGUCCAGUUGGUGGAGGCUGCAAGCCUUGGGGUCUGUCCUGACAGGAGUUGCCAUAAGGCUGGCUUUCAUGGAGUCAGUCUCAGGACAGAUCCUGCUGCGUGGCCACCACACCUCCACUGGGUCUUCUGUUCUCCAACUCCAGCAUCCCCAGGGCAGUCACAGGCCGUGGAGAUCACUUGUUGGAUGGGAGACUAGAUGGUUCCAACCACAACCUUCAUCCGGCUCCAGAACAUUCCAUCCCCCUCCCUCAGCAGUCACUUGGAGUCCUCCAGCCCCUCCCCUAACCGGUGGGCUUUUGACAGGAUGGAUUUACUUUUUCUGGACAUGUCAUGUGUUUUCUAAGAUUUAAAGGGUCUUUUUGGAAUGGCCACUCACCACACAGUGAUGCUGAGGCCCAAAAGACAGAACUCUUGUUAAUUGUAGCUCUGGACAUGGGAACAGUUCCCUAUGGGACCACACAAGAGGUUAUACUUGAAGGCAGGAUGACAGCAAGCUGGAGCUGUAAGGACAGACUGUGCAGAGUCAGUGAGUGUGAACAACGUCAUGGGCCCCAGAGCCUAGGGGCUGUCCUUCAUCUGCGAGCUGGCCUUGGAGUGUGGGACCCAGUAAAGAGUCAAGUGGCUAUGUGCUUAGUAGGCUGAGGACUGUGAUCCUGACACAGGAAGUAGGGACAUUUCAGCCACAACUGGAAAACUAGGUCAAAACAGCUCUUGUGAAACAUGAUGUUACAUCAUAGAAAUGGAAUCCUACAAGAUGUGGCCUUUUGCAUCUGUGUCUGGCUUUUUUCACUUGAGUCAAAAGUCCCCAGGGUGCGUGCACAGUGUAGCCUGUGUCACAGUUUCCUUCCUUUUUCUAGCCAAGUAAUAUUCCAUUGUGUAUAUAGAUCACACUUGGUUUCUCUGUUCAUCUGAAAUGAACAUUUGGGCUCUUCCCACCUUUUGGCUAUUGUGACCAUGAGUGCACAAUGUGUUUGUGUGAACACCUGUUUUAGUUCUUCUGAGUGUAUACCCAGGAGGAGAAUUGCUGUGCCCUGUUGAAUUCUACGCUUAACUCAUUGAGAAACCACCCAAAUGGUUUCCACUGUUUUUUCCUUUUCACUGUGAACACUGUUAGUCAGCUUUCUGUUACUCUAGCAAAACAACUGAGAUCAUCAACUUGUAAAGAGGUUUGGAGCACUUAGCCUGUGCUUCGUCAGCCCUGCAACUUGGGCCUGUGGAGCACAGGCAAAUGUUGGGACAUGGUGGAAGGAUGGCAGAAAGAAAGGAAGGGCCAUCCUAACGGACCUAAAAACCUCUCUGCCACCCUGGGGACCGAGCCUUUAACACAGGCCUUUGAGUGGGGGACCUUCGGGAUCCACACCAUAGCAACUGCUGCUGGGGUGCAGACAGGGAGAGACCCAGGUCACUUCCCUUGUUGUCUCUUCUUCCUGGUUUAGUGUUUGGGUUUUCCAGGAACAUUUCAAGGAGUUCCAUACACUUUCCUCCUCUCGUGCAUCAGUGUGCAUUUUAAGAGGACAUUUUCACCCAUGAGCCAGCGGUGACCUCCACCCAGUACCUUGCUGGCCACAGAGCUGCCACCCUCCUGUCAUCUGUCCCACCCUCUGCUCCAUGCAUGGGUUCCUCAAGUGUGACCAGCAAAGGACCGGUGCGUGACACUGUGAUGUGUGAUAGCCUGUUCUCCCUCCACCUUUCACCCUGAUGGUUCUAGGAUCCAUUCCACCACUCAGGGAUCCUGUUUUCUACUUUGUAUAAACUUCUCCACCAGAAGCAUGACUCCAUUCUUGGUCACCAUGGUCAACAGGGCAUCUAGGGCAAUUUAAAUGCAGGGUGAAUAUGACAGCUGUCGCCAUGAUCCCAGGGCCCUAACUCCCACUUCCCCUAGCAGCUGUCACCUGCCUCUGUUCCCCCAUCAGGGACAUCCUCAUUGUUGGUCUCCUGCUGGAUAGAAAUGACAUUCUUGGUGGCAGUGUUCCUUGCCCUGUCUCCGGCACUGAAAAGGGACAUGGGGUAGCCUGAGGCCAAGAUGGCUUUUGUCUACUUUGUCUGCCCUUCGUAUGGGGCCCACUCCCUGCUGUCCCCACUAGGUCCCAUCUGCUGGGCCCAUCCUCAUUUUUACCAUCAAGGGCAUCAAGCUCAGCCAGACCAAAGGCCAGGGCAUGUGCCCUUGGCCUGCCCCUUGGCCAGAGUGCCACCCUUUGAGAGAGCACCCUGCACCCUGCUGUAGACCCCUCCUGCCCUGGGCAUCACACCAGCCAAUCCUCUGCACAUGCGUGCUUGGACUCUUCUAUAGAAACUCACCCCUGAGGGGAAGGGGUUGGUUGGUGAUGGAGCUUCCAAGAAAGACUGGAAAGCUGAGGUCUGGAGUACUGGGCAGAUGGAAACAGAGCUAAGAAAAGAAGGAAGUGGUAGGGUUUGGGGACACAGGCUCCCUAGAAAGGCAGAUCAGGCAGGCCCUGGUGGAAAAAGUGGAUGUGGGAUUCUGGCUGGUUGCAUGGACAGAAGGGGGCUCUGGAGCCCUCAAAGCUGGGGGUAGCGUUGAAGUCCCACCCUCAGGCAGGGUCUCCGAGGGUGCUGAAGGUAAGAUGGGACCCGACCUCACCCAAGCACUGGGGUCCUACGAGGCGAGGCGGGGGAAGUCUGGAGCCAGGCACAAGGAGGGAGGACAGGCGGGGCGGCGACCCCCAGAAGCCAGAAGGGGCCCAGGCCUCUGCCCGGAAGCAGAGAGGAUGGGUGUGUGGCUCCGAGCCCCAGGCCCAGGAAAGCACACAGGAGGGACAGAGCCCAUCAGCUGUCCCUGCACAGAGGCCAGGGGUUCGGGGAUGCGGGCGCGCUGAGCCCGAGCCCCCAGAAAAGGUGGCUGCUUUUGACUCUUGCCUGCCUCCCCAGGGUGCCUGACAGGUGAUGGCGGGGAUCCUCCUAUGGGCGAGGCCCAAGGUACCGAUAUCUUUUGAGGAUGUGUCUGUGUGCUUCACGAAGGCAGAAUGGAAGCUUCUGAACUUCAAACAAAAAGUCCUCUACAAGCAGGUGAUGCUGGAGAACUACAGUAACUUGGCAUCACUGGGGCUCAUCACCACCAAGCCACACCUGGUGGCCCAGCUGGAGAGAGGCGUAGGGUCCUGUCUGGCCAAUGUCAGCUCGAAGCAGGGUGGCAAGACACAGACAGCCGGGGCAGAGAGGGGGGCCGGGCGGCAGGGAGACCCAGCGGCGGAGCACAGAGGUCCCCAGGGCCUCGAUCCCGCCACGAGGCCACAGGGGCCCAAGGGCGCCGAGAAACGGUUCCUGUGCCAGCAGUGCGGGAAGUCGUUCAGCCGCAGCUCCAACCUCCUCAAGCACCGCGUCGUCCACAGCGGGGAGAAGCCCUACGCGUGCCAGGAGUGCGGGAAGCUGUUCCGGCGCAACUUGGCGCUGCUAGAGCACCAGCGCAUCCACAGCGGCGAGAAGCCCUUUGCGUGCGAGCAGUGCGGCAAGACCUUCACGCGCAGCUCCAACCUCCUCAAGCACCAGAUCGUGCACAGCAGCGAAAAGCCCUUCUCCUGCGCCGAGGUCCCGCUGGCCUUGCCCUCACGGUGA